AUGGAGGUACAUUGUUUCGUUUUGUGUGGAAAUUGGACUUUCCAGGAUGACGGUUCUUGGGACUUUGUUAUUGACAAACAGAGGAUGGCUAGGGUUGUACAUGUGCCUCCUCAAAUCAACCUGGCUGAGCUAACAAAUGUUGUUGUUUCUGAGUUUGGUUUUCGCAGCAAUACGGGUUCGGUUGAUCUGAGCUUUUGGCCAUCUCAAGGUAAAGAUUUGAGCCCUGCUAACCAACAUCCGCCUGUUAUCCUUAGUACCAAUAGUUCUCUAGCUUUUUUCCUCAGUAGCCUAUGUUUGAACCGCGAUUUGACGCUCUUUGUAAGCUUCAAAGGCGACUCCGUUCUCGUUACUAGUUCUUAUUUCAAAACUCCCGACAUUGCAAAGAAGAGACAGCAUCAUGAUAACUUCUUUGGGAAGAUUACUGAGAGUUUCCAAACACACGGUACUCCUUCUCACUUGCCUAGUGUCGGGUCUAAAACCAAGGCUAAAUCCGUUUUCUGUUCUGAUGAUGAGCUGAUUGUAGCUGCGGAGUCUGCUGAAGCUACUCUCCGUUCACGUAUCCCCUUUGUUGACAGCCCUGCUCCUAUCUCCAGCAAGAGACACAAUGUCUUGUCGAUUUCAGUUUGGAGUCCUGCUCUGCCCUCCACCGCUGAUUUAUUAUCUGACAACGAAAACCUUGCUUUUGAAGUUCAAGAAUUGGAAGUUAAGUUGAAUGGUUCUGCUAAUGAAGAGGAUACUAUGUUGAGUGACGAAGACGAUGCUUACGUGCCAAGAUUAUGUCUACUGAUUAUUCGUCUGACCAAAUUAGAACCAAUUCCUUUAACAAUGGAAGAAAAAAAAGGACAAUUUGCUGGGAGGAAAGAUUCAACGUCAACCUCUAAACGCAAUGGUAAACAGGCUAGGGAUGAUGGUCCUCCCCACAUAAACGUACCUCCAAGGACGACCUCAGCCAGAUUUCCAGGUGUCGGUCCGGGCCAAACACGUGUCAAAGUCAAUAGUAUUGGUUUGUGGACUGUCGAGGUUAUAGGACCAUUCAACGAACGACAUGUCGUUGAUCUCCAGGCUCAGAAAUGCACGUGCCAUGUAUAUAAUAAGCUUGGCAUACCGUGCUGGCACGCCCUGUUAGCUUGA